CCCUCGUGCUCUGCGUGGCCGUGGCCGUGGUGGCCGGUGUCGCCUCGGAGCCCCCGGGCACGGAGCAGCGCGUCGCCGGGAAAGCGGCAGAGAUCGCGUCCAGAGCCAGCGCCGCGGUUUGUGGGGCGCCGGAGCCGCUGGGUGCUCCCCUAGUGCCAGGUUGCCCCGGGCAGCGGGGCGCAGCCCCCGCCCCUCGCGUCUCCCCUGCUGCGGCGCCGUCCGGAAGGCGCGGGGGUGGGGGCACAUUGUUGUUCUUCGGGUUCUGUUGAAACGGAAAGUUCCCAUUGUUGGCGUCCCCUCCCCUGGGCCCCAGUGCGUGUCCAGCUUCGGCCAAAGCGACAGGCUGGACUUCCGAGGGUGGGUGUGACCGCAUUGGCCGAAGCCCGACUCUUGCCCCCGGUGGCCGGCGUAGUGAGGUGACACCUUCCAGCGCCGCUGCUCCCUCGCCUGCCCUUUCUGUUCAGUGGGCGGAGGGGGCGCCCCUGGUUGCGCGCCGGACGCUGGACGGGCGUCUUUAGGUCGUGAGGCCGCAACAGGCGCGCAGGGCCCAGAGGUCCGGCGCCCGCACACGCACGCAGGGCCAGCGGGGGGCGAACGCGCGGAGGGGGGCGCGGCCGGUGAGCUCACGCCCCACUCGGGCCGAGGCCCGAACAGCCUCCCCUUUGUACGUCGACGCGGCCACAGAGCGCGCAUUGAGGGGGCGGCGGGCCGCGGGCGGGAUCCGGGCAGAUGGCGGCCGCCCAGGCCUGCGCCCCUUUCCGCGGCGGCGGCUGCAGCCUCCGGAACAAUGUCAUUUUUUUAUGAAUGAAAGUGAGCGCUGCGCCUGAAUGUGCGUGUCAGUCAGCGGCGUGACAGGGGCCGUCGGGAGGUCAGCGCGCGCUUUCAACGCCUGCUCCAGCUCGGGGGAGCCAGGCAUUAGCAUUCGCAUUCGCAUUCAGAUGAAGAUAUUACUCCCCGUGGCGGGGAAUGUCAACUAGCCCCGGGGGAGGGGCGCCACCUCUACCCCCCCACACCCCCAGCGCUACUGCCACCGCCUGCGGGGCUGCGCUGCUGGUGACCCCCACCCCCCACUGGAGCUGGUGAAACAGGUAGUGCGUUCUUAGGUCAAUAAACUUAAUCCGGUUCCUUAACGAGACUCCGGCUGGGCAGUGAAAAUACAAAGACCUCGUGAAAUUUACAGAGGUCCGGGCUGGCGCUUUCCCCGGAACAGAAAUCUUGGGGCGGGAGGUGGCUGGGGUCGAGGCUAAGGGGAACGUUUUUGGCUGCUGGACAGUCAAGGGCAGCCUUCCAUCUCGACUCCUGGCCACUUCUCUCAAGGUGGCCCCCAGAGUGGCCCCCAGGGUGCACGCAGGGCAGUUGUCCAGUGGGCCCUGCCGCCUGACAGUACCCCACCCAAGAGGCCCUGCCUGGCUGCUACCUCUGCCAGCCCCUCCACCAGGCUGGACUUUGAGCCCCGUUAGUCUCUGGGUGGUUCAUUAACCUGGGGUGAGCCUGAGAGCCCCUGUCACCCAUCCCCCAAGUCCUCAGGUCUCACUUUAGCCUGGAAGAGGCCCCAAGGCACCCUCUUCACACAGUUGAUCCUGGAGGGGAAGCCAGGGGCUGAAGGGGUCCUUGGUCUCAGGAGGACAGGUUGCCAGUCUGCCUGAGUGAUUUACAAGUCCCCAGGGCUGCUGUGGGGGGCCGGUGUGGGGGGUCUGCCUGGCCUUCCGACUGGGGCUGCCAGCUGUCUGAGAGGCUCUGGGCUCCCCCUCCAACCUCAGUCUCCUCACCUGUCGGAGAGGGCUGAUAAUGGCAGGGUUGUUUGGAGAAUUAGGAGGAUAAUCCUGGUAAGCCCUCAUUAGCCCGCCCAGCCUCCAGAUCCCUUUUAUUAUAAAACUUUGAGGAAUAUCUCUGGGUGGAGAGUGAGCGGAGAGGCAGGAAGGCCAGACCCCAGCCCUUGGCUUCAGGUCCCUUUGGGACUCCCUCUUCUCUUAGGCUCUUUCAAAGCACCCAGCUGGCAACACGUCCAGGGCCUGUGAGGUCUGCAGAAUGGCUUUGUUACUUGACCCCAGGUCCUCAUCUCAACCCAGAGCCCAAUCCCUUGGGGUGGCCAGCUCCACACAGAGUCUGAUUUAGUGCUUGUUCUCUGGGGUCGGCCUGGGGACCAGGAGCAUUGCAGUCUCUCCAUCCCACUCUGUGCCUCCCAAUGUUCUGGGGGCCUUAGCUGGUGACGCAGAACUGAGAGGCUCCCUGAGCUAAGGAAAUAGCCCUCCCCAGCAGGCUGGCUUGGCCUGUUGGACAUCAGUCCCAGGGCAGGGAAGUUCUCCUACUGCUCACUUUCACAGCCUCCAGCCAGUUAGGGUAUGAUGGCCUCUCUGGGCCCCUGGACCUGUGGACCAAUUGUUACCUUGUGCUGCCCUGGGGGAAAGGGGCACAGAGUCAGUGAGUGGCAGAGGCAGGGAGACUCCAAACAAACGCCCCCACACCCAGCAUGGCCCAUCCAGGAUCUGUACUCCUUGGGCUGGAUCCGUGGGCUAUUUCUGGCAUGUGGCAUCUGGUGGAGCCCAGUCCUAUGGGGGGGGACGGACUGUGCCCUCCGUAUCUGGGGCUCAGCAAGAGUGUUUGUUAUUCUCUGAUGUUUUGGCUCCAGUGCCCAUGUUCCCCCCGCACCCCCCACCCAUGGGCUCCCUCCCACGGGGCUCCCUCCCAGGUGGGCUUCCCUUUUGUCAACUAAGAAGGAGCCCUUCCUUUUUUUUUUUUUUUUUUGGCAGUUUUUGGCUGGGGCUGGGUUUGAACCCACCACCUCUGAUAUUUGGGGCCGGCACCCUACUCCUUGAGCCACAGGCGCUGCCCAGAAGGAGCCCUUCCUGCUGGGGGAGCCACACAGCCUGGUAGCGGGGUCCCUGGGUGGGACUAGACCCUGAGCUCCUAGAGCGCCUCCCACCAGCCUCUCUGCUGCCCUUGAGACCCUGUCUGAAGUUGGCCCCUGGGCAGGGUGGCUGGGUGGGCCUUCCCCCCACACUGGUAGCACCGUGUAACUGGCUGGCCUGGGGCUGCUCUGUGUCCCCCAGCCCUGGAUGGACCAGGUUGAAGGGAAUACUUAUGCAGAUGGCUUGACCUGUGUUGCCACCCAGACCAAACUGGAACCAACCAGGUGUUGCCCUUGGGCCCGGGCCUGGGGCUGAGGCUGCCGAGAUUGGCCUGUUCUUGGCCUUCUGGGGAGCCUCAGGCAGCUCUCAGCUCUGGGUGGUCCCCACAGGACACACUGGCCAGGACUGGAAGGCGGGAGGUCAGGCCAGGAGCCCCCUUGACUAUUAGGCCCCCACAGGAGCUGGCCCUGAGCUAUGGGUCCCUAUGGGAUGCAGGCUCCAGUGAGUGCUUCAGGGUGAGUGUGGGUCCUUGGGGCUGGCAGAAUCCUGGUAGGCACUGGGCCUGUGGGGCUGGCCUAGGUGGGGUGGGCAGAGUUUGGCUUAGCUGGGGUGCCAGAGACUGGUGUGGCUGGAGUGGGCAGCUGGGCCCUUGAAUCUAGGCCAUGCGUCAGCAGAAUGACAAGUGAUGGGGCAGCAGGCCCAGCUAGGUUAGAGAAGCAGGCCGCCCAGCAGGACCACCCACCCCUGUCCCGGGCCCCAAGCCCAGGCCACCCGCCUGUGCUGGGCAUUAUCUGGCCUGACAGGGAGGUCUAGGGGUGAUGGUCAGGUGGUGUGUGCCUGAGUCUCAGGCCUUGGUGGCCCCUAGGGAGCUGGGCAGCUGCUGGACAGGGGAGAGACCCAGGGGCCACCUAUGUGCUGCCCCAUACGCCUGUGCCCUCACCCCAGCUUCUCAGCUCUCAGGAAAAGGGCCAGGGUUCUGACCUGCUAUCCUAAUGACUCUGAUAACUGCUUCCCCCAUUCUGGGUCCUCCUCUGUGAGGUGGGGCUUUAGGCAGGAGACUGCUUCCAGCUGCCUUGUGAGCCCACAUGGUCUCUUCACCCCCCGGGCCUGGACACCCAUCUUGCCAGACCUGGUGUCCUUAUUUGUAUUGUGGUCUUUUCCUCUGUGUAUUUUCUGUAAUGACUGCUAUGUGGAGCUUCCAUAGACUCUGGGCUUAGGAGAUCCCCACCCCAGAAAGCCCCCACCUGGCACCUGGGGCUGCUCAUGCCUGUGCCUGGCUGAAUGGAAGAGGCCCCUGCAGCAGACACUGUUGGGUGGGUACGUCCUCACGGCUGCCUGGCCUUGGCCUCCUUCCUUCUUGGUGUGGUGGCCCAUCCUGUCCCCUCGCUGUCCACCUGAACUGCUCUUGAAGCUGAGAGGAGCGCUGGGGGUGCCCUGAGGGACCCUUCUGGGUAGACCUCCUUGUGAGGAAGCUGGCCCACAUGCUGCCCCUUUUCUGAUCUCCUUUUCAGCCUGAAGUCAGCCAGAUGCAGCUUUUCCGUGCCUCCUUUUCUGUACCUGUGAGUGUAGAAUGGAUUUUACCUUUCUAAAUGGCCAGAUGAGCAGAGUGAUAAUCUUUCAUCCUUAGGCAUUGAACUCUUGAGUGUUCGUAAGUGAAGUUUCAUAGGAGGACAGCAGUGCUGCUUAUUCACAGGCUGUCUGUGGAAACUGCUGUCACCUGUAAUAGUAGAGCUGAGUCCUAGGACGGCUAGAAGUACUGAUGCCCUGGCCCUUUAGGGGAACAGUUACUAGCCCCUGGUUUGAAGGCUGUGUGGGGGGACCCAGGCUCUGGGAGCAGGUCCUUCUUCACUCAGGGCUGCUGAGCCCAUGAAGUGGGAGUUCCUGGCGCCUCCCACAGGCCUGCUGGGUCCCCUGUGUUGCUUUCUUGGCACCUGCUCAGGGUGGUCCCUUUCACCUGCAGAGGGCCCAGGGCUGGAUUCUGGCCAGCAGGAACAGCUGGUGUUCAGCAGUGGGGACAUCGUGGAUCUGAGCUGCCACCCACCUGGAGGUGGUCCUGUGGGGCCCACUGUCUGGGACAAGGAUGGCAUGGGGCUGGUGCCCUCAGAGCGCGUCCUGGUGGGGCCACGGCGGCUGCAGGUGCUGAAUGCCUCCCAGGAGGAUGCGGGGGCGUAUAGCUGCCGGCAGCGGCUCACCCGGCGCCUACUCUGCAACUUCAGUGUGCGUGUGACAGAUGCUCCAUCCUCAGGAGAUGAUGAAGAUGGUGAGGACGAAGUUGAAGACGCAGGGGCCCCUUACUGGACUAGGCCUGAGCGGAUGGACAAAAAGCUGCUGGCUGUGCCGGCUGCCAACACCGUCCGCUUCCGCUGCCCAGCUGCCGGCAACCCAACUCCUUCCAUCUCCUGGCUGAAGAAUGGCAAGGAGUUCCGUGGCGAGCAUCGCAUCGGGGGCAUCAAGCUUCGGCACCAGCAGUGGAGCCUGGUCAUGGAGAGUGUGGUGCCCUCGGACCGCGGCAACUACACCUGCGUGGUGGAAAACAAGUUUGGCAGCUUGCGGCAGACAUACACGCUGGACGUGCUGGAGCGCUCUCCACACCGCCCCAUCCUGCAGGCGGGGCUGCCGGCCAACCAGACAGCAGUGCUUGGCAGUGACGUGGAGUUCCACUGCAAGGUGUACAGUGACGCGCAGCCCCACAUCCAGUGGCUAAAGCAUGUGGAGGUGAAUGGCAGCAAGGUGGGCCCCGACGGCACGCCCUACGUCACUGUGCUUAAGUCCUGGAUCAGUGAGAGCGCGGAGGCAGACGCGCGCUUCCGCCUGGCCAAUGUGUCGGAGCGGGAUGGGGGCGAGUACCUCUGCCGAGCCACCAAUUUCAUAGGCGUGGCUGAGAAGGCCUUUUGGCUGCGCGUUCACGGGCCCCAAGCAGCCGAGGAGGAGCUGGCAGAAGCCGGUGAGGCCAGCAGCGUGUACACGGGUGUCCUCAGCUACGGGGCAGGCUUCUUCCUGUUCAUCUUGGUGGUGGCAGCUGUGACACUCUGCCGCCUGCGCAGCCCCCCCAAGAAGGGCCUGGGCUCGCCCACCGUGCACAAGAUCUCACGUUUCCCACUGAAGCGACAGCAGGUGUCCUUGGAGUCCAACUCGUCCAUGAGCUCCAACACGCCACUGGUCCGCAUCGCCCGGCUGUCCUCAGGAGAGGGCCCCACACUAGCCGAUGUCUCUGAGCUCGAGCUGCCAGCUGACCCCAAGUGGGAGCUGCCCCGGGCCCGGCUCACGCUGGGCAAGCCUCUGGGGGAAGGCUGCUUCGGCCAGGUGGUCAUGGCGGAGGCCAUCGGCAUUGACAAGGACCGAGCUGCCAAGCCUGUCACUGUGGCUGUGAAGAUGCUGAAGGACAGUGCCACUGACAAGGACCUGUCGGAUCUGGUGUCGGAGAUGGAGAUGAUGAAGAUGAUUGGCACGCACAAGAACAUCAUCAACUUGCUGGGGGCCUGCACGCAGGGUGGGCCCUUGUAUGUGCUGGUGGAGUAUGCGGCCAAGGGCAACCUGCGUGAGUACCUGCGGGCACGGCGGCCCCCAGGCAUGGACUACUCCUUCGACACUUGCAAGCUGCCAGAGGAGCAGCUCACCUUCAAGGACUUGGUGUCCUGUGCCUACCAGGUGGCCAGAGGCAUGGAGUACCUGGCCUCCCAGAAGUGCAUCCACAGGGACCUGGCCGCCCGUAACGUUCUUGUGACUGAGGACAAUGUGAUGAAGAUUGCGGACUUUGGCCUGGCUCGAGACGUGCACAACCUGGACUACUACAAAAAGACCACAAAUGGCCGGCUGCCUGUGAAGUGGAUGGCACCUGAGGCCCUGUUUGACCGUGUCUACACACACCAGAGUGAUGUCUGGUCCUUUGGGGUCCUGCUCUGGGAGAUCUUCACACUGGGGGGCUCGCCGUAUCCUGGUGUCCCUGUGGAGGAGCUCUUCAAGCUGCUGAAAGAAGGCCACCGCAUGGACAAGCCAGCCAACUGCACACAUGACCUGUACAUGAUCAUGCGUGAGUGCUGGCACGCUGCGCCCUCUCAGAGGCCCACCUUCAAGCAGCUCGUGGAGGACCUUGACCGUAUCCUCACUGUGACAUCCACUGAUGAGUACCUGGACCUGUCAGUGCCCUUUGAGCAGUACUCCCCAGGCGGCCAGGACACCCCCAGCUCCAGCUCCUCUGGGGAUGACUCCGUGUUUGCCCACGAGCUGCUGCCCCCGGCCCCGUCCAGCAGCGGGGGCCCAAGGACGUGAAGGCCAUCAGCUUGCAGUCUGAGCCCCCAGCAAUGUGAGAGGGGACCCCAGCCCACCCUGGGCUGCUGGUGUGUGGUCCCCCACGCCAGAACCUGGUACAAACUGACAGAUCAACAAUGCUUCACGCCUGUGUGUGCACAUGUGAGCACCGAAGCUGGUACAGCCGUCCUGAGGCCUGUGCUGCUGUGCUGUGACCUCCUAAUCUGGGCCUCUGCACCGAGGGGCCUUCGUGCUGGGGGUCUAAGUAUAGAAUGUAAAGUGGCCUCCCCUCGAUCCCCCAUGGGCAGACACUGAGCCAGACUACCCAGACUCAGUCCCUGCCCGGCCCUCUGUGCCCCAUGCGAGUGUCAGGGGUCAGGGGCUGAGCCCUGGGGUCUCAGCCCCUCCAGUGCCCAGAGCUGAGCCUGCAGAAUAGCCCUCUUCCGAAAGCCCCCACCUCUACCCAUUUGGCACCUGCUGGGGGCGAGUGUCAGUACCCAGCACCCCCUCCAGGCUCCUUGCUUCCCUUCCCCUCAUACUGAAAUUACGGGUACGUGAAGGUGGAAGCCUUUAACCUCUAUCCACAAAGUUUAUUCUAGAAACGAGUUGUACAUUUAUAUAAAUAGUGCUGUGUAUAUGAUAUACAUACAUACGUAUAUAUAAAAGUAUCUAUGGGAGAGGCAGCACACUGAGGCCUGAGACCUGGGGUGCUGAGGCAGGGUUGGCCCUGGUGGGGAGGUCCCUAGGAAACUCGCUGUUGACACAACACAAACGCAGGCAGGGGUGCAGACACUUUUCUGGCACCACAGUUUUGUUUUAAAAAUUGUACCUGGGCCUGUAUAUUUGUAAAGCUAUUUAUCGACCUCCAGCAUCUUUGUCCCCUGCAUCACCCCCUCAUAGCUUUUAGCCAGCCCCACAGCAGACAGAGUUUUAGGUUUUAAGUUAUUAACAGCUGAGGGUUACAGACACUGUGCCCAGCCGUGCCUGAGCUAGAGCUGCCUGUAGAGCCUGGAAGGCCGCUAAUAGUUGGAGGUGAUUUGGGGAGGAUAUUUUAUUUCCUUUGCAGGGGAAUUAGAUUUCUAUAGGAUUUUUCUUUAGGAGAUUUAUUUUUUUUGGACUUUAAGGCAAGCUGGUACAAAUUCUUAACAAAUACAAAUUCUUCAUACAAAUUCUCCUUGCUGCAUGUUCUGGGCAAGGAGGCAGUUUCCAGGGAAGGGCCUGCCCUGUGUGCAGGUUCAGAUAUUAUUAGAUGUUACAAGUUUAUAUAUAUAUCUAUAUAUAUAUAUAAUUUAUUGAGUUUUUACAAGAUGUGUUUGCUGUAGACUUAACACUUCUUACGCAAUGCUUCUAGAUUGUUAUAGCCUGGACUGCUGCCUUUCAAAGCUUCGGAGAGAAGCCGUGAAUUCAGUUUUGUUACUUUGUGCAGUUAAUGGCCCGAGUUGGGGUGGUUGUCCCUUACUUGUGGGCUGCGCCGUGGCUCAGGGUGGUCUCUUCUUACAGCCUAGUGCUUGGUGACCACGGUGUGGUCCAAACCAACAGACAUAGUCUUGUGAGCCCAGCAGAUGUACUUUCCCAAUAAAGCAAGAAUACUGGUUCCCACCCUGGCCUGGGCUCCUUGCCUUCUGUAUGGGACCCUGGGCAGCUCCUUGUAGGGUCAUUUGCCCCCAAAGGGAUCGGGAGGGCUCCAAGCCAGUGGACUGGCUGGAGGGCUCCAGGGUGAGGAUGCAGAGUCUGGUGUUGGUGGUGGGCCCUGGUGGGACCCCAGAGAAUGAGCUCCAAGUGAGCCAGCUCCCUGGCUGCCCCCAGCUCAUGGGGUCAUGUCCAGGUGCUUGUGUAGGUCUGAGGGGUCCCCUUUGCCCCCAGCACCUGCCUGCUUGAUCGCCUGAGGAGAGGAGCUUUCUAGGUGUCCCAACAUGGAGCUGCCUAUAAACACAGUGACCUCAGGAGAGUGCCGUCCACACAGGUGUGGGCUAUUCUGGCAGCUCCCCCUCCACCCCCGCCUGGCCACCCGCCAAAGGCGCCACAGGUUCCCCUUCCAUGCCAGCCAUGCCUGUGCCUUUUGGCAGACCUCGUCCCUCCUCCCAGGGUCACAGCCUGAGCAGGGUGGGAGUUGAGUCUGGAAGGAGGCAGGCAUGGUCCCACCUCACAUACCACCUGAUCUGGGAGCCUUGCUACAGUUGUAAUUUGGAACUCACUUUCCAGGCAAGGGUAUUUCUGGCCCACUUUCUGGGUAGGCUGUGAGGGCCUAACCCUAUUGAGUGCUUAUCAGGGCAGCAGCUCCCUGAUGGGGGUGGGCACAGCGACCUUGAAAAGAGCAUCACGCCCCCCACCUGCUCAGUGACCCAGUGGUGCUGACCCAAAGGCUGGCCUGGCCAUAGGACCUGGGGACAGUGCCCAAGGGAGAGAGGUCCGGAGGAGGCAGGUGAGGCUAAGGGACAAGCAGGUCCUGUACCUUCUGGGCUUGAAGCAUGAGCCAGGGUGCCGUGCAGCGCUGGGUCUGCUGCCUCCCCAGCCCCUCCCUAGCCUGGACAACUCAAGUGGGCCAGGCACAGGAAGCUCAGUCCUCAGAGCUGCCCACCAGGAGCCCCUGUCCGGUAAGAACACAAACGGGAGGUCUCUGCUGUCACCACAGUGGAACCUCCCCAGUCGUGCCCUCCAGAGUGGGCAGUUGGGUCUCAUUUCUGGGAUGGCUCUUUGGGGAGAGUUGUGUCCUGAAGAUGGCCCUGCCUCCCAGACAUGGCUAGUGGCUCCUAUAGGGUGUUUGACUUGCUCCUGGCAGGCCUGGCAGUUUCCUGUGGGUGGGUCCCAGGGCUUCCCUGGGCUUGUCAGCUUAAGUGCUCCUGGAGAGAAAGGGAGAGCUUUUCGGGAAGGCAGAUGAGCCAUGUUCUCUGGAAUCCCUAUAGAACUGCCACUGCAGGCAGGCACAUGGUGCCUUCCCUGGCCACUGUCAGCUGUUUUCCAUAGAUGGCCGUCUCCACUGUGUACUUCCCACACUAGCCCUGGCAUUAGCCUUUCUUGUGCUGGGUACCUUUGGGUUGGUGUCUGAGCCCUGGGGGAAGAUUAGUGAGAGGAACAGGCUUCAGCCCAGGCCUUGUGUCCUUUGGUUAGCUCAGAUCCCUCACUGCCCUCAGGCUCACUGGGCCAUGUCCCAAGGGCCUGGUGCAAGGGAGGGGCAUAAGCCUGCAUGCACACAGCCAGCAGCCCUGGGAGGAAAUCUGAGGCGCCUGGAGAGCCUGACACCAGCAUGGGGGAGCUUGAGGCUGUGUCCAGGCUUGGGCAGGGCGAUCUGUGCACCAAGGCAGCAGGUUUGGCAGAAGAGACACCACAGCUCAGCCCUGCAGCUGGGAUCCUCUGCCCACCCUCCAGAGUUGUGCGCUGUGAGACAGCCACCAAGGGUUAUAUGCUGGGUGUCCAGCAGGCUGUGGUGUGGGCAGCAGCGCUGUGUACCCCUAGUCCUUCCCCCAAGAAUCUUUCAGAAGGGCAGGGUCCCAGCCACCACCCAGCCAAGAAACAGAUUCUAGGUACUGGCACCUGCCCUGUGGGCCCUAAGCCAGGCACAAAGAAUCUGAGUGUCAGGCAGGCCCCAGACAAUCACUGUGUGGCAGACAGGUUGUCAAGACAGUGGUUUAUUAGUCUUCUUAUAUCAAAUGGUGUCUAGAAAACAAGUGACCACAUGGGCCAGGCCAGCACAGUGGCACAUCUAUGUGGCAAGGACCCCCCACAUUCUGCCCAGCUGCCAAAGGGCUGCAGACUAUCUCCCCCAGGGCAGGAGGCCGAGAACCAGGCCCUGAGCCCAGGGGGUGAGUGGGCACUGAAGAGUCUCCCAAGGAAAUGGGGGUCCUCUAGAUCUGGCCUCACAGCAGCACAUCCUGGGGAGCAAAACACCCAGGCAGGACAGCAGACGACUCUGAUGGUUUCCAUCUGGACUUUUUAUGUGUCAAAGGGUUAAAAAUAUUAUUCUGAGCUGUUACAGGAACAUGGAUUUGACGUUUUUAAUAAAAAUACUAUUUCUACAAAAGGUGUUAACACAUAGCCUGGGGACCCCUGCAGGACAGGACUUGUUCCCCGAAUUCCCAGGUGGUGCUGGCCAUGGAGGUCUCAGCCCCUGCCACAAGGUCAUCUUUCAAAACGAAUACAGUGCCCUUCAUUUAAGAAGUCUAGACUGUUACAUUCCAAAAUGACUCUGGAAGCCCCGCGGCCCUGAACCCUGCUUAAGAAGCAGGCCUGCAGGUAGAGUGAGGAAAGGCCCCCUGAAGCAGGCAGUACCCUUGCUGCGAGAGCAGGCAGAGGCUAUAUGUUCAGGCACUGGGCAGGUAUAAACAUUGACAGUUUUUAAAAACCUCCCCACGCAAAACUCUUCUGGACCCAUUUCUCACCCUGUGCCUGGAUGCUAUCUCAGCUGUAAUAAACAGACGUGGUAAGGGGGAAAGCCAGUCUCAAGCCCAACUGCAGUCGCCAGUACUGACAAGGACCAUCCCCUACAUGCCUGCGGAGUCCCACAGGCAACCUGGAGGGGGAGGGCAGAGCCCAGGGCCAACGGGGACACCUGCACCUGGCCAGACAGUGCAGAUGAGGCCAAGUC